GGAGGACAAGGCAGAUUCAGAUUCCGACCUGGAGACUGAAGGUGCCCCCAGACAGGCGGAGCCAUAAGGAUCAGUGUCAGGCCAGUCUCCUCACCUUGAGAGCUUCCCUCCCUGGCUAGAGGGAACAAUCUGGGGCCCAGGUGUCAGGGAACCGCUGUCCAUCAGGAAGCUUAGCCCUACGUGCCCACCAGGGCAGAACGCAGCCCCUCAGCCUCCUGGUUCCUGGCGUCAUCGGGACUUCUGCUAUUAGAAUACCCUUCCAGGAUGAGGUUAACGUGCAAACAAGCCCACCAGUGCCAAAGGAGGCCCCUUCUGAAGUGAAGUCAGGUGGAGUUUCCCCAGCACAUAGGACAAACUAAGCUGAGGGGUGUCUUGAGCUUCGAGCUGUUUCAGUUACCCCUCCCCCUCCCCCCAUGAGAAGGCCCCAAAACACAGGUGGGCUGCGCUCCCGCAGAAAGACACAGAAUGACUUUGGCAUCGGACAGACUGGCUCUGCCAGGGUUAGCUUCUCCCAGUGACACCCGUGGACUUGGAGAGAUGGCUGAGGCUCCCCACUACUCGGGGUCUUGCUGGGCCCGCGGUGCUGGGCCUGCCCCCUGCUUUCUGCGCCAAGGGAGCUCCCCAGAGCUGAGCCUGCGACACCGUGGCCUGGGGCCUCAGGGGGCACAGGCUCUGGCUUCUGCGCUGAUCUCUAAUCCCCAUGUAAGGCGGCUGGACCUUCGGGACAGUGGGCUCCGUGGGGCUGAUGUGGAAAUCCUGGCACGUGCCGUGAGCAAAAACAGCAGCAUCUGUGAUGUGGACCUGUCGGAGAACCUGCUGGGAGCAGUGGCAGCCCAAGCCCUCUGUGCCUCCCUCACGGUGAACCAAGUUGUACAGAAGGUGCAGCUGGCAGGGAACCACCUGGAGGAGCAGGCAGCCCAGCACCUUGCUGAACUUCUGCUUGCCCAUACAAGCCUGAAAUCCCUGGACCUGAGUUACAACCAACUGAAUGACCAAGCAGGGGAGAUACUUGGUCCGGCCCUGGCAGAAAACACAGGACUCACCCAGCUUAACAUAAGCUGGAAUCACCUUCGAGGCCCAGGAGCCGUAGCCUUUGCCAAGGGUUUGGAGGCAAACAUCUUCCUGAAAGUGCUGGACAUCUCUCACAAUGGCUUUGGAGACCCUGGAGCCUCUGCUGUGGGUGAGGCACUUGCGACCAACAAUGUGCUGGAGGAACUCAGCAUGAGCAAUAACCGCAUCUCUGCAACGGGCGCCCUGAGGCUGGGCCUGGGCCUCCGGGUCAACCAGACACUAAGGAUCCUUGUUGUGUCGAGGAAUCCUAUGCAAAGUGAAGGCUGCUUUGCUGUUCUCAAGUCUGUCCAGGAUAAUUCAGCAUCUGCCAUAGAACUGCUGGAUUUCUCUAAUAUCCACGUGAACAGAGAGUUUGAUGACCUUGCUAGUUCCACGAAGGUAAUUCUCCCAGCACUUUGCAUAAAGACUGCUGCUCAUAGAGUGGAAUACAAAAAAGAGUUGCUGCCAGUGUCUGACCCUAAAUGACUACGGAGUAUGGCUUCCUCAUCUCCCAUCAGUCACUUCAGCUCUCAUGCUGAGGAUUCUGGCCGUUCAGAUGCCUUAUUGCCCCUUGAGUCUGAAUUGAGUCUCCUGUCAACCAGGUGGUAAGUCCUGUGGAGCCAACCUUCACCGUGACUUGAUACCCUGUGGCCCCUGCACUAAUUGGGACCUUCCUUUACCUUCACUCAACACAGACUCAUAUUAUGUGCUGCAAAUUGUGCUGGGCAGUGUGUCAAAGGUGCCCAAACAACCUUUUUCCCUGGUGCUCUACCUUGGAAGGCAAUUGAAAUGUAAGGAGGUAUGCAACUGAUAUGCCCAAAUUCAACGUACAGAAUGCAUGCUGACACAACUUUUUGGGAAGGCAAUUUAUUAUUAUGCACGCUAAACUGCCGGUGCCCUCUGUUCCAAUGGUCUGAUUAAUCUCAUCUAAGAAAUAACUAGAGAUGGAUACAAGGAUUAGUGCCCAAAGAUGUUCAUUGAAAUGCUGUUUACAACCAUGGAAACUGGAAAUGGUCUAAAUGUCCAAUAAUAGGGGAUUGGCUAGCUAAGAGGUGGAACUCUGGAAAU